UGGGAAGAUAUAGAGCUCGUGUUUGGUUUGGAUCCUUCUGGAUAGAGCCCUGGACAAAUAUACGAUUCCCAAAAACACACAGUAGUUGUGUGUGUGUUUGUUAUUUGGGUUGGGUUGAGUUGGUUAAGGAUAUUGUAAUUGUAUGGUCCGAAACCAAUGGCUACAACAGCUCAGAUUGCCAACGGCGUCGGAAUCGGAAUCGCUAUCGGAAACAAUGCUCUCAGCCGACGAGCUACUUCGGCUUCUCCGUCCAAUCAUUCUAUUUCUCUUACUCCCAACAGCCUUUUACUCGCUUUGACUUGUCGACGCACCACCACUCUUCGUUUCGACUCUGUCGUUAACAUCGGCGGUCGAUUCUGCAGUCACCGUCGUUCGCUGCCGCCGUCUUCUUUACGAGUUUCAGCUUCAUCCGCUGACCAACCUACCUCUUCAGCAGGGGAAGGUGUUGAAAAUUUGGUAAUCAUAGGGUCAGGUCCAGCUGGAUACACAGCAGCAAUUUAUGCAGCACGUGCCAAUUUGAAGCCUGUAGUGUUUGAGGGAUAUCAAGUUGGCGGUGUUCCUGGUGGACAGUUAAUGACCACCACUGAAGUUGAAAACUUUCCAGGUUUUCCAGAUGGAAUUACUGGUCCAGAUUUGAUGGAUAGGAUGAGGCGUCAAGCUGAGAGAUGGGGAGCAGAACUCUAUCAAGAAGAUGUAGAAUUCAUUGAUGUGAAUAACAGUCCUUUUACUAUACAAAGCAGCGAUCGUAAGGUGAAGUGUCAUAGUAUUAUAGUAGCAACAGGAGCCACUGCAAGAAGACUGAAUCUACCACGUGAAGAUGAGUUUUGGAGUAGGGGAAUUAGUGCAUGUGCAAUUUGUGAUGGAGCUUCACCACUUUUCAAAGGUCAAGUUCUUGCAGUUGUUGGUGGAGGUGAUACUGCUACUGAGGAAGCAAUUUAUUUGACUAAAUAUGCUCGACAUGUGCAUUUACUCGUACGCAGGGACCAAAUGAGGGCAUCCAAAGCCAUGCAGGAUAGAGUUGUCGAUAAUCCGAAUAUCACAGUGCACUUCAACACAGAGACAUUGGAUGUUGUGAGCAACACAAAAGGACAGAUGUCAGGCAUUUUAAUCAAGAAACAUGAUACAGGAGAGGAAUCAGUUUUGGAGGCUAAAGGGUUAUUCUAUGGAAUCGGUCAUUCCCCCAACAGCCAGUUGUUGGAAGGCCAAGUUGAUCUAGAUGAUUCCGGAUACAUUUUGGUCAAGGAUGGAAACGCAAAAACUUCUGUUGAAGGUGUCUUUGCUGCUGGAGAUGUUCAGGAUCAUGAAUGGAGACAAGCAGUAACUGCAGCUGGAUCAGGAUGCAUAGCUGCUUUAUCGGUGGAGAGAUAUCUUGUCAGCAAUAAUCUCCUCAUUGAGUUUCAUCAGCCACAUACUGAAGAAGUUAAGAAGGAGCUCACACCACGAGAUGUGCAGGAAGGAUUUGACAUUACACUUACUAAGCACAGGGGACAGUAUGCAUUGCGUAAGUUAUACCAUGAAAGCCCUAGACUCAUAUGUGUACUAUAUACAUCACCAACAUGUGGUCCAUGUAGGACAUUGAAGCCAAUUCUUGGCAAGGUGAUAGAUGAGUUUGAUCAGAAUGUCCAUUUUGUUGAGAUUGAUAUUGAAGAAGAUCCAGAGGUUGCUGAGGCAGCAAAUAUUAUGGGUACACCAUGUGUCCAGUUCUUUAAGAACAAAGAAAUGAUCAGGAGUGUAUCAGGGGUCAAAAUGAAGAAAGAGUACAGAGAAUUUAUCGAAGCAAAUAAGUGAGUGUGAUUUUUUCCUAUUUUACCCUUUUACAAAAUGCUUCACAUUCCAUGAUUCAAUUUUGAUACUCUCCAUUAUUGUAUUGUAACUUCAACUAUGCAUUACAUAUCUUAAUAUAGUUGUCGACCUCUUAAUGUUGUUUCUA